CGGGCUGCACGCGGUGGGUGUAGCCGCUGUGGGAUGCGGGAGGGGGAGCGCUUAGCGUUCGCCUAUAAGGAGCUGUCCUCCAUGUCAGUGCUGAAUCUCCGGCUCUCUCGCUCUCCCAGGCGCGCGUGUCUCCGGCUCUGCUGUUGGAUCUGUGCUGUGUGUGUGCGGGUGGAAUGUCUGCAGCUGUGCCCCGGGCUCCUGGAUGCUGCUGAGAGCCACGGGACUGGCACGGGCAUCCGAGGGGACUGUUCAUCAUCUGGGCAUCUGGACAGGCACCUAACGCUUUGGCCAGACAUGGAUACGGAUAUCUGGUGUGUGUUCAUGGCACUGCUGUCUGCUUCCUGGCACCGGGGAUGUACAGCAGCAAGCUAUAAUUGUGAUGAUCCUCUUGCUUUUCCGCUGCCAUCGACAGCAUUUGACAGUUCGUCAGAACUUUUCAGUUCACUCGGCUAUGCAAAGCUCAACAGCCGAGAUGGAACGGGUGGUUGGACCCCGCUGGAAUCUAACAUGAGGCAAUGGCUACAGAUUGAUCUGGGAGAGAGAUUUGAUAUCACAGGGGUUGCUACACAAGGAAGAUAUGGGAGCUCUGACUGGGUGACGAGUUACAGCCUUACGUUUAGUGACACAGGGCGUAACUGGAGGCCGUAUCACCAAGACAACAACAUAUGGGCAUUUUCAGGAAACACAAAUGCAGACACUGUGGUCCAGCAUAAAUUCCAGCACUCCAUUAAAGCAAGAUUCCUGAGAUUUGUUCCCAUUGAGUGGAAUCCUUUAGGCAGUAUAGGAAUGAGAAUCGAAGUCAAUGGCUGUCCAUACAAAUCCGAUGUGGUUGACUUUGAUGGCAGAAGCUCCCUUCAGUACAGGUUCAAUCAGAAGCAGAUGACCACAUUUAAAGAUGUCAUUUCUCUCAAAUUCAAGAGCAUGCAGAGCGAUGGGGUUCUAUUUCAUGGUGAAGGACAGCGCGGAGAUUAUAUUACUUUGGAGUUACAGAAGGGAAAGUUGUCUCUUUACAUCAACCUGGGCGAUACAAAGCUCCGGUUUGGUAACACUCAUACGGUAGUCACAUUGGGGAGUCUUCUAGAUGACCAACAAUGGCAUUCUGUCUUGAUUGAUCGAUUCAACAAGCAGGUCAACUUCACUGUUGAUAAACAUACUCAACAUUUCCGGACCAAAGGAGACUCGGAUAAUUUGGAUAUAGAUUAUGAGUUCAGCUUUGGAGGGAUACCAGUGCCAGGAAAGCCUGGAACCUUUCUAAAAAGGAAUUUUCAUGGCUGCAUAGAGAAUCUUUACUAUAAUGGAGUGAACAUUAUUGAUUUGGCCAAGAGACGCAAACCUCAGAUCUUCAUUGUGGGGAAUGUGACCUUUUCUUGCUCUGAACCACACAUUGUACCUGUGACCUUUACUAACGCCAGCACAAGUUAUCUGCUUUUACCUGGAACCCCACAAAUGGACGGCAUUGCCCUGAGCUUUGAGUUUCGCACAUGGAAUGAAAAUGGCCUUCUGCUGACUACACAGUUUUCUGGAGGUUCUGGAAUCCUAUUGCUCCAACUGGUAUCUGGGAAAUUACUACUUGAAAUCCAGGAAGGAGAUCAUGUGCUUACAUUAAGUUCAGGUAGUGGUUUAAAUGAUGGACUUUGGCAUGCAGUCACCAUAAAUGCAAGACGCCAUCGCUUGACUCUAACACUGGAUAAUGCAGCCUCUUCUCCAAACCACUUAGCUUUCUCAGUGCCAAUGUUUUCCGGAAGCAGAUACUAUUUCGGAGGCUGCCCAGAUCAUCAGACAGAUUCCCACUGUAUCCAUCAUGUUCCUUCUUUCCAAGGCUGCAUGAGGCUCAUCUUUAUUGAUAAUCAGCCCAAAGAUCUCAUAUCAGUUCAGCAUGACCUUACUGGCAAGUACAGUGACGUGCAGAUUGAUACGUGCGGAAUCAGAGACAGGUGCUUGCCAAACUAUUGUGAACAUGGAGGUGAAUGUUCCCAGAGCUGGAACGCAUUCUACUGUGACUGCAGCGGUACAGGAUAUGGGGAGAUGACCUGCCAUAGCUCAUUGUUUGAAGACUCUUGUGAAGCCUACAGGCACAAGGGGUUUCCAUCUGAUUACUACUACAUUGAUCCGGAUGGAAGUGGGCCUCUUGGCCCUAUGCAUGUCUACUGCAAUAUAACAGAGGAUAAAAUCUGGACAUUGGUUCUACACAAUAACACAGAACUAACACCUGUGCAUGGGAAUUUUGAUGUCAGACCAUAUGCCAUGUUGUUCAACUAUAAUAGCACCAUUGAACAGCUAGAUGCCAUGAUUAACAGGGCUGAUUACUGUGAGCAAGAAGUGUCUUAUCACUGCAAACAUUCUCGUUUGCUUAAUUCCCCAAAUGGAGCUCCGUUUACUUGGUGGAUUGGAAAAGGCAAUGAGAGACACACCUACUGGGGAGGAUCCUUACCUGGAGUCCAAAAAUGUGCAUGUGGCUUGGAAGAGAGUUGCAUUGACAUGAGGCAUUUUUGUAAUUGUGACGCUGACAAACAUGAGUGGACAAAUGAUACGGGUUUCCUAAAUUUUAAAGACCACUUGCCUGUCUCUCAAAUUGUGAUCACAGACAUUAACAGAACAGGCUCGGAAGCCACCUGGAGAAUCGGCCCUCUGCGUUGCUAUGGUGACAGAAGUUUCUGGAAUAUGGUCUCAUUCAAUACAGCGAGUUCAUUCCUGCCUUUCCCGAUAUUUCAUGCUGAGUUCAGCACUGAUAUCUCAUUCUUUUUCAAAACCACAAGUACAUCAGGGGUCUUCUUGGAAAAUCUUGGCAUCAAGGAUAUUAUGAGGAUAGAAUUAAUUUCUCCCUUCCAGAUUAUAUAUUCAUUUGAUGCUGGGAGUGGCCCCACUGAGGUUUUUCUGCAUUCAGUCUCUGCCCUGAAUGAUGGCCGGUGGCAUUAUGUCAAAGCUGAAAGGAAUAUGAAGGAAGCAACCCUUAUUGUGGAUAACCAACCAAGAAAAUUAAACCGUGAAACAUUAGAUGGACGCAUUCGCUUGCCACUAAGCAGUCAGCUAUACGUGGGAGGAACCUUAUCAAAUAGGCAAAGAGGCUUUGUGGGAUGCAUUCGCUCACUCCAGGUCAAUGGUCAGAUAAUUGAUCUUAAAGAACGAGCCAGACUGAUCCCAGAUAUAAGACCAGGAUGUCCUGGGCAUUGCAGCACAUAUGGAAAUUUGUGUCACAACAAUGCGAAAUGUAUGGAGAAGCGUAAUGGAUAUUUCUGUGAUUGCACAAACUCUGCUUAUGAAGGUCCCUCUUGUGCAAAAGAGGUGUCUGGCAUGUUUGAAGCUGGAACCUCAGUCACAUAUAUUUUUCAGGAGCCGUAUCCCGUGUCUAAAAAUGCCAGCAUUUUCCCCUCGUCUCCAAUCUAUGCCGAUACAAUGAUAUCUAAGGAGAAUAUUUCAUUCAGCUUUGUGACGGGACAAGCCCCAAGUCUUUUACUUCACAUAAAUUCAUUUUAUCAAGACUAUAUGGCUGUGCUACUCACCAGAAAUGGAAGCCUACAAGUUCGUUAUAAACUUAGUAAGGAAGGAACACAAGCCUUCACAUUAGAAUCAGAAAGAUUGGACAAUAAACGCCUGCAUCAUGUACGGAUCAGCAGGGAAGGGCGAGAGUUGAUCAUCCAGAUUGACAAAAUGAUAAAACAAAGACAUAAUUUCUCCUCUGACAUCUAUUUCAAAGCCAUCAAAUCACUCACAUUGGGGAAAGUAGUAGAUAAUCCAGGACUUGAUUCAGAGAUCUCCAAGGCAAACACCCUUGGGUUUGUGGGAUGUCUCUCUUCUGUGCAGUAUAAUCAUGUGGCACCUUUGAAAGCAGCACUGCGCCACCCAAGCAUAGCACCAGUAACAGUGAGUGGAACAUUGUCUGAGUGCAGUUGUGGGUCCAUCACAGAGAGUGACCUGAGUACAGUCACAACCACUUACUCCUCAUCAGAUCCCUUUGGAAAGGAUGAUGAUCAGGAACCUCGAAAAAAUGCUGUAAGAAGUGAUUCUGCUGUAAUUGGAGGAGUCAUAGCUGUGACUAUAUUUAUUAUUUUUUGCAUUGUGGCAAUAAUGACCAAGAUUCUAUAUCAACAUAAAGAAACACAUAGAAAAAAUCAGAAAAAGGAGAAAGAAUAUCCAAACAGCAUGGAAAAUUCAUUUCGCAAUGAAAUGGACUUGCAAAACGCAGUGAGCGAAUGUAAAAAGGAAUAUUUUAUCUGAAAGACUUUAUUUUUAAUUCUUUGCUCUUUUUAGCUAAAUUGUUACAGUGUUUUCCUUUUGAAAGAAAUCUCAAGAGUAUGUGGCAAUCUCUUUACAGUGCCUCCUUUUCAUCAUAAAAUUCACAGCUCUUUCUUUGGCACAAGAGCCUUUUUUUUUUCUUCUUAAGCAACAAUGGUCCACAGGCGUGCAUGCUAUCAAAUUCUGUUUGUAAUAUUUAAUUUCCCAAAAAAUGUAAGCAUUGUUUGUGCUCACCUUGUAGUCACUGACUCUUUAAUAUAUUUUACACUAGAAAAUGAAAAUUGUUUAAUACUGAAUACAUAUCUUUGCCUGAAAAGUAGACAAAGAACCACUGAUAAAUUUACAAGAUGAAUUCAGUGCCUGAAAAAUAUAAAUUGAAAUUUUAUUUUGUGGUAAGUAGUAUGAAAUUUAGGACAAACAAAUUGGACAUCACAGAUUACAGCCAUUUCAUUCAUAUAAUCAAUAUACAUAUGGGAUCUGUUAUCCUGAAUAUUGAGAAACUGAGGGUUUUAGGGGUAAUUUGGAAUACCUGCUUAAAAUCUAGUAAAACAAAGUACAUUUUAAUAUUUAAAAAAAGUCACUUCAAGGGGGUUAUUUACUAAAACUCGACUUUUUAUGACUUCAUUCACAAAAAUUUUUUGACCAAAUUCCCAAUCUGAAUGCCCUCAGUUUUCGAAUUGACUCUCCAAAAAUUAAAUUUAUCAAGCUGACGCCUUAAAACCAGAGCAAAAAGACUGAAACUGUCAAGAAUCCUGAAGGUGAAAGUCAUGUUCCAAUUGUUAAAGGGACCAUCAAAUAUUGACUACAUGAUUUCAAUAGGUUUUAGUGGAUGUAUUUUCAGAUUUGAAUUUUUAGCAGUUUAGGAGCAUAAUCAUUUUUAAAUCUAAAAGAGUUUUUUUUCCCUCUAAAAAUAUUUUGCCCUUUAAAACUUGACCAGAAAAAAUUGAGGCUUGAUAAGUAGACCCCCAAGUGUCUUGACAUGAAAAAUUAUUAAUUUUUGUUUAUUUAUUA